AUGUCGAGAUUCUUUCCACAUGCUGCUUACGCAGAGGAUCAGCCUCUAUCUCGCACAAUCCUCACCACGCACGUUAUCGUGCGCGCAAUCACAUUAAACACAAUCAUCGCAACAGGCAUAACAACCACACGCCAAAUCAUCCCCUUUCUGCGCCCCAAGACCCCCAAUGCGCUCUCCUUUCUGCCGCGGCUCGUCCGCUCUGCGUCAACAGGCACCGUCGCAGCGCUGGGCGUCGGCGUGCUCAUGACGUUUGGGCGCAUGCGCGGGAGGGAGGAGAUCGAGUGGCAGGAUCGCAGCUGGAGAUUACUCGAGAACGAGGGACAGCUGGAGACUGACGACUGGACUGCCUUGGGCUCUGGGGCUGGGGCGAUAUUAGGGGCCAAUGUGGCAGGGUUGGGUUGGAGAGGUCCUGUUGGAGGGAUGGGGUUGGGGACUGUGGGUGGCAUGUUGGGAUAUAUGGCUUGGAGAUAUGGUGUCAAUGGGGGCAAGUUCCCCAAGAAGGAGAAUGCUUUGUAG